UGGGCUCUGCAGUAGAGUUAGUACUCUCUUUGUAACCUUUAAGAAGUUUCUUUGGGAGACUAAAACUUGCACAAUGUGUGAACAAUUUCUGGGAACUUGGAAGCUGGUUUCUAGUGAGAAAUUUGAUGAAUACAUGAAAGAACUUGGUGUGGGCUUUGCCACUAGGAAGAUUGCUGGUGUUGCCAAGCCCAAUGUAAUUAUCAGCCACAAUGGAGAUAAUUACACUAUCAAAACAGAGAGCAGUCUCAAGAACACAGAAAUUUCCUUCAAACUGGGGGAAGAGUUUGAUGAAACUACAGCAGAUGACAGAAAAGUAAAGAGUGUUGUGACCCUAGACAAUGGCACACUUAAUCAUGUGCAGAGGUGGGAUGGCAAAGAGACCACAAUAAAAAGAAAAGUAGAAGAUGGAAAGCUGAUUGUGGAAUGUGUUAUGAACAAUGUUGUCUCUACUAGAAUCUAUGAGAAAGCAUGAAAACGCCAUUCUGUGAAGUGAACUGGACUCGGAAGCAGAGGCUGCAGCUUGCUUCAAGGAGUGAAGUGAAGACGAUGGCUUUCUUUAGAGAACUGAAUUGUUGAGAAACUAGCUCCACAGCAUCCUUAUAUCUAAUCUUAAACUUUGUGGUUAUUCAAUAAAAAUCCUUAUCUCGAGAGAGAAACAAACA